CAUUUAUAAUCCAGUCCCAAAGGAGAAAAAGCGGUUGUUUGUUUGUGCUGCCUUUUGUCCUAAAAUGUUAAGAGGAAUCUGCUUUGGAAUAUGCAUACUUGUUUAUGGCCUGGCGGAGGAGCCAGUGUGUACAUCGCACUUUGAUUAUGAAUACAGGACGGUUCAAAAGUUGUUUCAGUUAGAGCAGAAGAUAGAGCAGUUGUUACUCAAAGUAGGCCAGUCUGUGUAUGUAAGAUGGGGAAGAAACACGUGUCCUGAUGAUGCUUCACUGGUAUAUUAUGGCUAUUCGGCAGGUAAAAAGUAUGCCGAUAAAGGAAGUGGGAGUGAUACUGUAUGUUUGCCGUCAGUACCCACGUGGUCAAAAUACAACGAUGGAGACGACGGAAACAGAGGACACAUUUACGGCACAGAAACGGAUGUCGUUGAUGUCUUCGAUGAUAACAUAAACGAGCAGGAUUCCCCCUGUGCGGUAUGCAGAGUCCAAAGGCCUGUCACUCUUAUGAUUCCUGGAAGGUCAAAUUGCUACGAUGGAUGGAAACUGGAAUACGGCGGGUAUCUUAUGUCAGCCUACUAUAAUCAUCCUGGACCGCAUAAUUACGUGUGUGUCGACAGUCGUCCUGAGUUCGUGCCGAAUGGGGGCAGGAAUGAUAAUCAACACAUAUUUUAUCUUGUAGAAGUUAAAUGUGGCUCCCUUCCUUGUCCACCCUACGUACAAGGUAGGGAACUAGCUUGUGUUGUGUGUUCUAAGUUACAAUAAUCAACAAGUCCCUUUAUCUCAUAGUCGUUGGUUCUCAUACUUGCCACCAUGUUUAUGAUCAGUAACUACUCUCAAGAAUUUGAAACGCCUCAUCCAUACGGCAAUUAUUUCACUCUUGCCACAUGUGCUCAAAUAAUGUGAUAUUUACUUACCACUGUUCAUUAAUUCUGAUAGAAUAUAAUGGGUUAUUUUGUAAUACUUGAAGCGUAGACGCCUUUGCACGUGUCACUGGUGAUGUAAUUCAUGUCGUACUAAAUCCACAAUGUGCACAUUCAAGGACUAAAUGUUAUUACAUGUUGAAGUCGAACAAUAUGUUCUUCAAAUUUCCAGGCUUUAAUUAACUUAAAGUUCUAGUUAUUAAAACCAGUACUGACUUUUGUCUUAAAAAUAUGCGUUUCUGAAAACCUAUUAUUGAAACACUGUUAAUGGACAAUACAAAUACGAUCUCGAUAUUUCUGUAUGGAAGAGUCAACGAAAUUAUACUGGACAGACUGUU